ACUACCAGUCGUGGACUAUUGUUUUUCAGCCUUCAAGCUCUCCCUUUUCUCAUUACUAACACAUUUGCCUUCUCCUUGGCUUAUCCUUUUAAUCUUAGGAGCACUAAAGAAAUUUUCUCUCUUUUUCCCCCCAUAGAUCAUCUAAGCUAUGGCGAGGACAGGAAACAAGAGUUUACAAGCAAAACUGGUUCUUCUUGGGGACAUGGGGGCAGGGAAAACAAGUUUGGUUCUUAGAUUUGUCAAAGGUGAAUUUUCCGAGUACCAGGAUUCAACAAUUGGAGCAGCAUUCUUCACUCAGGUUUUGUCUUUAAAUGAAGCGACAGUAAAAUUUGAUAUAUGGGACACAGCAGGGCAGGAACGAUACCACAGUUUGGCUCCUAUGUACUAUCGAGGUGCUGCUGCUGCCAUUGUUGUGUAUGACAUCACAAGCAUGGAUUCUUUUGUACGAGCAAAGAAGUGGGUUCGAGAAGUUCUAAGACAAGCAAAUUCAAGUUUGACAAUGUUUUUGGUGGCUAACAAGGCUGAUUUGGAAGCCGAGAGAAAAGUCAGAUAUGAGGAGGGCGAGGAAUAUGCCAAAGAAAAUGGCUUGUCUUUUCUUGAAACUUCAGCAAAAACCGCACAAAACGUGAACGAGCUCUUCUAUGAAAUAGAAAUUAAAAAAACAUUUUGCAGCCAAGAGAUUGGCGAAAGCAAAUCCUUCACGUCAAAGUGGAAUGAAGCUGCAUAACAGAGCUGGAGAAACAAGAAGAGGAUUCUUUUGUUGUACUUAAUUAUUGAUGGCUUUCCUCACCUCACGUUUGACGUGUCCAUUGUUUAUGUCUAUGUAAAUGUAAUUGCUCAGACAACAAGAACAAAGGCAUGUUCGAUCGGUGUACAUUGUAAGAUCUCACGCCCAAACUCUGUUUAUCGCUUACAUUACAACUCCUUUCUGUAAACACAUUAUUUACACCCACUUGCUGUUGGUCAAAUUUUAUUUUUAUUUAUUUUUUCGGCAUGCAAA